GCGUCGAGAGCCGUGUGUGGAUGUAGGGCUUGCUUCUUGUUUUAUUUUUCAAAGCACUCUUGACUGGGAGUUGGGACCACUUGCAACAGACAUGGACUCUGGUCACCGAUUUGAUAAGACUCUGUAUGUUCUUCUUGGUGUAAGGAACAGAGGCGUGCCAGUUGUAAGACUGAAGCGACUCGAGGAUGAAAGAUUUCAAGCCACACGUCAGGAGGCUCCAACCAACAUGCAGGACCAGCCUCCUUUAAAAGGUGAACCCAAGGACGAACCUUCACUGCAGGUGAAGGAAGGGCCAGGACCACAAGAAAUAGCAGCUUUAGAAGAAAAGCGAGGAAAAAGGGCUCGAGGGAAACGGGCAUCAACACAGCAGCCAGCUGAAUCACUCCUUCCACUGAAGGAAGAGGGAGAACCAGAACCAAAGAAAAGGCGAUUGUACUAAUAAGGAAAGAUGUCUGGAAUAAUUUCCAGCUGUCUUUUUUUCGUUUUUAUUUGGGUUUCAUUUUAAUACUGUUGAAAUUCCUGUAUUUAGAUACAGUGCCUAACUUAAAGUACCUGAAUAGUCUAAUCUUACUGUGAUAUUUUUGUUUUUGCAACAGCAAGGACUCUAAGCCCGAGUCUUUGCAUGGUUCACAGCAGUGCUGUGAUGCGUCAAUAUUCUUCCUGAGAUAAUACUGCAAUUUUUACUAUAAUACAGUUUUUAGUUAAGUGUGUUCAAAUAAAGUUGCGUUAAUAUUUUA